UUUUCCGGGGUCGGGCGUCCCUGCCCGCGCCGCCCGCGGCUCGGGCCCGCCUGCGCGGAACCGCGGGAGGAUGCGCAGCGCGGCGAGCGUCGAGCUUGCGGCCGCCUUUGACACGUCCCGCUGCCACGCGUGGCCUCUCAUCGGAGGCUGCGGGCUCCGGACCGCGGUGCCUGCGGGAAGGCUGGGCAGCCGGCGCUGAAAAAACCGUACAGGCGUUCGUCCACCGGGGAAGAGGGUUCUGCUUAGCCUCCGUCUUUCACGGAGGAUGCGGAAGGCACGGCCAUGGAAAAGAAACCGCAUUUCGUUAGGAGGGAGUUUCUUCCCAGAGAGGUGCCAUCCGUCUCGCUGGCGUUACUGCUUGCGGCCGUCCUGCUCCUUAAUGCCCUUCUCUACCUGUACCUCAACAAGUUUUCCAGCUCUCUGGGACGAGUCGAAACGGACUCUGGCCUCUGUCCUUUUGGGCAUUUCAAAUUCGGAGCGGUGAAGAACUGUUCCCCGUGGCUUUCCUGCGAGGCCAUAAAUAGGGAAGUCAGGAAACUCAAGUGUGUUGGUGAAGGUGCUGUGAAAAAGGUCUUCCUUUCUGAGUGGAAGGAAAAGAAAGUGGUCCUUUCACAGCUCACCAACUCAGAGCUGAAGGAGGACUUUCUCCAUGGACUGAAGAUGCUGAAAGCCCUCCAGAGCAAGCAUGUUGUCCGGCUGCUUGGCUACUGUGAGCAGCAGUUCACAAUCCUCACCGAGUACCAUCCUCUUGGUUCACUGAGAGGCCUGAAUGAAACUCUCCACCUUCCCAAGUACAAGGGCAUGAACACCUGGCAUCGCAGGCUGAUGCUUGCUAUAGACUACGUGAGUGUCAUUCGGUACCUGCACAGCAGCCCCCUGGGCACCUUAGUGAUGUGUGACUCCAAUGACCUGGACAAGGUUCUCUCCCAGUACCUCCUGACAAGUGACUUUCAUGUUCUGGUGAAUGAUUUGGACGCUUUGCCUCUCGUAAACAGGAGUGCUGGCAGGCUGGUGAAGUGUGGUCACAGGGAGCUCCGGGGUGAGUUUGUAGCUCCUGAGCAGCGUUGGCCCUAUGGAGAAGAUGUGCCAUUCGAAGAUGACCUCAUGCCUCCCUAUGAUGAGAAAACAGACAUCUGGAAAAUCCCAGAUGUCUCUAAUUUUUUCUUGGGCCAUGUAGAAGGAAGUGACAUUGUACGACUGCAUCUGUUUGACAUCCAUGCAGCGUGUAAGAAGAAGGACCCGGCAGAACGGCCCUCUGCCCAAGAGGUCUUAGACACCUACAGGAAAGUUUUAACUCUGCUUAUUCGGGAGGCAGCCAUGCCUGGUACUAGAGAAAUGUUAUAGUGAAUCACGAGGCAAACAACAUAUUGAUGUUUUAAGUUGAUGUCCUUCCUAUUUAUGUACUUGCCUGAUGGGCAAAAUCUCUGUCCCCAAAACUGAGAACAAAAGAACAGCUGAACUUGUACCUCUUGAUUAAAAGAAAAAAAAUCCCCCCAAUCCAAGACCUGUGCAAGCUUUCCAUUGGCAUGUUCAAUCUACCAUUGGAAGACGAGAAGGGAGAGAAAGGAAGUUGUGUGGGUGCAGGGGAAAUUUUUUCCUUAAGAAAUGAUCAAUUUUCUUUUGCAACAUUUACACCAAAAAAAUCUUAAAAAUUAGAGAAAAACAGCUAAAAAAAUAUUGGUCUACCUUAACUUGUUGGUGGGGACUGGAGAGCAGAGACUAUGGCAUGCCCCCCAUAAGCUUUGUGCUGAUUGCUGUGGCUUUGGCCUAUAUUGUAUCCACAAAGCCCUCACCUACUUUCCCACGUAGUAAAAGCAGUGGUCACUCAGAAAGGAGUACCCCAUUUCACUUCAGCUUUUGGUGAGCCCCAGUGCCAGAGCUGCAGGGGCAAUCUCUCCCUGCUGGCUGGGGCACAGGUUGUUUUUGGAGCCAAAUGUCCAUUGCUCUGUGGGCCCUGUACCCUACACCAGCAAGCGUGUGGCCGCUUUUGGGAAGCAAGAAGAUGAUGCAGAUUCUGAAGAGUCUGCUUACAGACACAGGUUCUUGGUUUUCAAGCCUUUGUCCUGUGGUAUUCCCAGAUGGGCUCUUUAGAGCCAUUCUUUAGAAAUGAAGCUGUCGAAUGCAAGUCUCUCACGCCUCUGUAAUCCACAGAAAUACUGAACACUUUGGAAGAGAGCUGAAGCGUGUUCUCUUUUUUUUCAUUCACUUAGCCUGGCUUAGUGUCUUUAUGAUUUGAUGGAAAGGAGAAUAACAAGGAACUGAAAGAGAAUAUGACUUCCACAGCAGUGAGCAUUAAACACAAGCUUUGGAAAAGAAAAUUCCUAUAUUCAGAGCAUACAACUCUAUUGGGCCUGAAUUCAAAGUCCACUAAGCAUAGAGGAAGGCCACUAAAAAGUAGCCAUGUUUGGUGUGUUAGGAAAAAGCUUGAGGUAACCUACAUGGAUGUACCAACAGCUAGAGAGGAAGAGCAAUGAUGCCUUAAUCCAGCAAUAGGCUGUGUCUGAUGGGACUGGGAUCCAGGAUGUAGUUCUCUUGGUGAAAAAACAGGAAUAAUAUGAAUGAGAAACAUGGACUCCACCACUGUCCACCUGAAGACUUUCUGUGCUGUGGACUGUAUCUUUGAAAGGCCUAAGAGACAACUUCCAUGUUGUGACCUGAGAUGUGAUUUGUAAGCAGAGAAGUACACUGUCCUUUUUGCUCCUUUUUGAAGAGUUUGGUUCUGUUCUUGUCUGUGCUGCUAUUCCUCUUCACAUAAACCAGCCAUGUUCUGACUGCAUUGAGAUCAGGAAGUCAUUUCAUAAUGUAUAAUGUUCAAAUCGUGGUAUCAGAAUUUUAUUAUAAAUGGGAAAAAUUUUCUGCAAAUUAGUAAAUUCAUUCCUGAUAUCAUACAAUGCUACUAGGAGCCCUUUAAAAGCUGCUGAUUAUACCUUUCCUUUCCCCCUGGGCAGUCUGUUCUCUUAAAUUAGACUUUUGCUAUUUUUCACUUAUACGUUCCUUCCUUGCUGCUUUCCUACACAGAUUGUCAGGAGACAAAGCUCAGAAAUCAAGUUCUCCAAAAGACAGCAAUGAUUGUGGAUGCUUUGGGUUUGUUUUGGACUUUGACUCAAAACACCUAAAAGAAGCACGGGGAAGAGAAAUGCUCUGUUGCAAAUGCAUCAUCCAGCCCAUGAACUCUUGACUUAUUAUUAUUAGGGUGAGAGUUCUACAGUUCCAGUAUGGAUACAGGAUGUGCAGCAGUUGGAAAAGUCUGUUGUUACAGCUCCUUGAAGCCAGGGAUAAGGCUUUAAAGGGCCAAGAUUCAAAUCUUCUGCGUGUUUCCCCUAUGAUAAUUUAUUACCUUUUGUUAGCCAUCAUGUGCACUUGAAAGGGAAAUCAUUAUCUGAUGGCUGUAAAUAACCAUUCCAUGAAGGGUUUUUAGGAGUGUAGCAAGGACAGACAAGAACCUGACAAGCAUCUUGUGCUGGUCUCUCUUGGUUAAGACAAGCUUCUGCUGGGAUUCUUGCCCUCUUGUGUACUGUUGCACCUUGCAAACAGCCAUAUUAAUUUCACAGAGUGAAAAAAAUGUGGGAAAAUUCUGGUUCGGAAUAAUUAUUUUGCCAUGGAGAUGAUUCCCUGUUCCUGGAUGAAAUAGUUACAAUUUUUUUAAGAAAAGGUGUCUCCCUAAACAUGCACCUUGAGCAGUGGCUUUUACAUGUCUCUUUCCCAUUACCUCUCCUUCAGCUUGUGUGUUGUCCAGCAUUGUAUUUCAGCAGGAAUAAAUCAGAUUUGUUCUGAAUACAACAUUAUGGAGCUGCAA